UUUAAUAAUCCCUAUUGUGCUUGGGUUUUGCAAUCUAUCAAUCAAAUCAGACCCUUCUUCUAUACCACUGCAACUCAGUUUACAUUAUCAAUUACUACCUGGAAUCGCCCUUCUGAUCACUCAGACUGUGUGUUAGUUGCACAAUCAAAAUGGGUAUAAUCGAAAGAAUUAAAGAGAUUGAAGCCGAGAUGGCUCGUACCCAGAAAAAUAAAGCUACUGAGUACCAUCUUGGUCAGCUCAAGGCAAAGAUAGCUAAGUUAAGGACCCAGUUGUUGGAACCUCCUAAAGGCUCUAGUGGAGCUGGAGAUGGUUUUGAAGUUACAAAAUAUGGCCAUGGGCGUGUCGCAUUGAUAGGAUUUCCGAGUGUCGGGAAAUCUACUCUCUUAACGAUGUUAACCGGCACUCAUUCAGAGGCUGCUUCAUAUGAGUUCACAACACUUACCUGUAUUCCUGGGAUUAUACACUAUAAUGAUACUAAAAUUCAGUUGCUUGAUCUUCCUGGAAUUAUUGAAGGUGCUUCAGAAGGCAAGGGACGUGGGAGACAGGUUAUUGCUGUUGCGAAGUCUUCAGACAUAGUGUUGAUGGUUCUUGAUGCCUCAAAAAGCGAGGGCCAUCGGCAAAUAUUGACAAGUGAACUGGAAGCUGUGGGUUUGCGUUUAAAUAAAAGACCGCCUCAUAUUUAUUUCAAGAGGAAAAAAACGGGUGGCAUCUCUUUCAACAGCACUCUAGCAUUAACUCACGUAGAUGAGAAGCUAUGUUAUCAGAUUUUACAUGAAUAUAAGAUUCACAAUGCAGAGGUGCUAUUUCGUGAGGAUGCUACCGUGGAUGAUCUUAUUGACGUCAUUGAGGGUAACCGUAGAUACAUGAAAUGCGUAUAUGUUUACAACAAGAUAGAUGUUAUUGGUAUUGAUGAUGUGGACAAGUUAGCUCGCCAACCAAAUUCUGUUGUCAUUAGCUGCAAUCUGAAGCUCAACUUCGACAGACUACUUGCAAAAAUGUGGGAAGAAAUGGGGUUAGUGCGAGCCUACACAAAACCGCAAGGCCAGCAACCUGAUUUCUCUGAUCCUGUUGUUCUUUCAACUGAUCGAGGUGGCUGCUCAGUUGAAGACUUCUGUGAUCACAUACACAGGAGUUUAGUGAAGGAUGUGAAAUACGUUCUAGUGUGGGGCACUAGUGCCAGGCACUACCCUCAGCAUUGUGGCCUUAGUCAUGUUCUACAAGAUGAGGACGUCGUUCAGAUUGUUAAGAAAAAGGAAAAGGAUGAUGGAGGUGGUAGAGGUAGAUUCAAAUCGCAUUCAAAUGCUCCGGCUCGGAUUUCAGACCGAGAGAAGAAGGCACCAUUAAAGAAUUAACAGCAUCAACUGGCAUUGGCAUGGGAUUCCGGUACUCGUGUUUCAUAGAAUGGAACACCGAUCUUGUUCGGAAUAAACUCUACAUUGCCUGUGUUGUAAUUUUGAUAAGCUAUUUUUUGUUCCUCUUUUCUCCUUUAUUUCAUCUGAAGGCUGUAUUUUGAGACUCCCUCAGAUUUCACGAGCUUUAGAAUUAUGAUGUAUGACAUUAUUUAUGAACUAUUACAUACUUUUAUGAAUGAAAAGUAAAGAAAACUAUGCUUGUAUUGCA